AGAGAGAAAAGGUGUGAUUUUGUGCUAAUUAAAUAAAUAAAUAAUUGAAAGCAAGCACCGAAGCAAUCGAGCGAUUUGAAGCCUAAUUGCAUCUUCCAUUUGUUGCGAAUUGCAAGCAAUCUUGGUUGGUGUCGGGUUUGUUCGGAUGAUCGAUGAAUUCGGGGACAGUAAGAGUGCGUUUGGUUUUCGAAGAGGGGCACCUACUGAGCAAGCCGCACAGGAAAAAUGGACUGAAACGGAGUUGGGUUCUUCUCAAACCCCACCUCCAUUCCAUUUCCGACUUCUCCUCCUAUCUUCUCGACCUUUUCCUUCUUCGCGAUGCUUGUCCUCAUGGCCUCCUUCUUUCUAUGGAUGGGUUUGUUCUACCACCCUUUGAGCCUACUUCUAUUUUGAAGGAUGGAGAUAUUGUUAGGGUGAACAAGAAUGAGGACAAUGUGAUUGCAGUUGAGACGAUGGCAGACAUGGAGGAGGGGCAACCUGCUGGUCUAGAUGUUCAGCUUCUAGCCAACGAGGAGCUUGUGCAGGAUUGUACUGACUACAAAAAUGAAGCAGAUCAAGAUGAUGAACCUUAUGAUCUGCUGAAUCAGUUGGAAGGCACAUUGGAUGUGGGAAGCAAAGAGAAAACAGUUUGCAGGAAAAGGAAGGCACUGAAAACAGUUCACAGCUCAAAGAAGAAGAAAAAUAGAUUUGCUCCAACUGACAAAUGUCUGGCUUCUCCAUCAAAUCUUCAGCAGUUUCAUACAGACCAUAAUUGUAGAUCGCAGCAGGAAGUUUCUCUUUCUGAAAAGAGUCUGGUCGAGAAGCGCAAAUCAUCCAAUGGUCAUACUGAUACAAACAACAACCAAAAGGUUCGUAAACAGGUACAGCAACGAAUAGUUCGAAAUAGUAACGGUAAGUUACCUGUUGAGAAUUACUUUGAGGACUCUGAACAGCUAGAUGGCAGUAGUGUUGAUGAAGGAAUUAUCCCCGUGGAAACUAGACCAGGACAUGUUCGUUUUCUGCCUCUUGAUCAAGGAGAAGCUAACCAGUUUGUGCGUCCAGCUCAAGCUUCAAUGGACACCGCGCGGUCAAAUGGGAUAACAAUUAAGAAUGAAAAAAAAUGGGGUAAAGGGAAAUCCUCAUUUUGGACGAGUAAUUGCAACUGUGAAGGAGAAAGUUCCAAGUCACAAGCUAAAAAAGAUUUAUCAAGUAGGAAAUGUCCAAUUGACUUCAAUGAACUCAGACCUUGUUUGAGCUUGCCUGAGAGAGGUGAUAUAAUUGCAUAUCGUUUAAUUGAAUUAUCAUCGUCAUGGACUCCACAACUUUCCUCCUUCAGAGUUGGAAAGGUAUCAUGGUGUAAUCCUGAAGCAAAUAAGAUUAUGAUGAUUCCUGUUCCAGAAUAUCCGUUUGUUUUUAAGGCAAUGAACGAGGAAGCAGUCAAGCAUCCAUAUGCGGAAGAUGGGUCUUUAAAGGCUGAUUACUCCUCACUGGUUGACAUCAGAAUCGUUGAGCAUGAAAACUCGCUAGGUUUUGAAGCUGGUGGUGGUGGUAAUAUUAGUGAAGCAUCUUCUUCAAAACAAAGCUGGAGCAAGUGGGAGAAGCAUUCCAUUGCACCAAAACAAAGCUGGAAGAAGUGGGAAAACGAUAGCAGUAAACAAUGGGAGAACCAGGGCAGGGCAUCAAAACAAAGCUGGAGAAAGAAGUGGGAAAACGAUACCAGUAAACGGGAAAAUGGAAAGGAAAAUGCAUGGGAUGACAUUGUCCAGGCUUCCAGCGCGAAGAAAGCUAAUUUGUCCAAGGAAGUUGGAUGGGGAAGAGGGGAGAAGAAAGCUUGGAAAGGAGCUUCAUAAUAGUCCAUGACAGAUACUCCGGUGGGGCCAGUUGAUUACCUUUCAAUUAAAACCUAAUUUUUGUACACUUGCUCUUUAAGAAGUGGGAAGGCUAUGGAAGGUAGGCAUUUUGUGUGAGCGGUUAGGCUCGGUUCAGGCACAGGAUCGACGUAAUUUCAUUUUGUUGUGGAGAACUUGUGUAUGAUGAUGGAAACAAAAUACAAGAAUCUAUAGCCAUUUUGUCUGCUGGA